ACCGGAAGUUUUGUGUUUAUUGUGAAAGGAUUCUUGAGCAGCAGGUCAACAUGAGAGUGUCCGUUAACAAACCAAGAAAAGGCUGAAGUUUGAAGAGGCUAACUUAGUUAGCAUGUUUGCUAACUGAGCUAACUCACCGGAGCCGGUUCUUGUGGGUUCGGACUCCGUUUAAAACUAAACUUUCUUCAAUGGACUAAGAUGCUAAUUCGGGUUCAAUUAAGCUCAGAUUCAGUUAGCUGAUUCUGUCUGUUCAAAUGGGCCGUUCUUCAUCAUCUUCAUCAUCAUCAUGUUGAUUUGAGUCCGGAUCAGGACUUUCUAAUCCGUUUUUGGGACCAGGUAUCCGUUCAGGAGGAGGCCAUGGCUGACGGGAUCACUUCCAGUCCCUGUUCGUCAGAACCGGACAGUCCAAUAGGUCUGAACCGAGGAUGCUUGCUGAGGCCUGGAGAAGAUCAGGACCUGGACCAGGACCUGACCUGGCUCGUCCCGGAAACCCCCAGCCCUCAGCUCAGGACGCGGAGGAGACGUUGUAACAUGGAGACACGCAGCAGCUCUGUGGCGCCGGCCGGCUCUGCAGAACCGGAUCGACCCGUCAGCAGCAAGGGGAACGUUUCACGUAAACCCAAACGCCGGCGUCUGGUGGAGCCAAGCGCCAGCUUCGUUCCCGCCUCCUGCCUGCAGACUUUUCCUCUGGGGAACUGGGUGGAAGCCCCCUCCUCAUCUUCAUCAUCAGCCCCCUCCUCCUCCUCCUCCUCCCACUCGCCACAGUCCAUCCUCAUGUGGAGGCAGGCCCAGACAAAGGCUCCGCCCUCCCCCUCACCUGCCGCAGCGUCCGGCUCCGACUCUCUGACCUUCCUCACCGAUGAGGAGAGAAGAUGGCUGAACGGCGAGGACUUCUCACCAGCAGUGGCGGCGGAGCAGAUCGUCAUCAGCGACGAUGAAGAGGCGGUGGUCCGCUCGCUGCAGCUGGAGGCAGAUGAGGCUCUGGCUCGAAGCCUACAGGCUCAGUUUGAUCAGGAGGAGUCACACAGCAGAUAUCAUCAUCAUUUUCAUCAUCAUCAUCAUCAGAGCGACCCGACUUUUCAGUUUUACUCGAGGCCCAGUUGGAUGUCCCAGGUUCUGGCUUCUGUCUCUCCUCUGGUGAGCCUGGAGGACGAUCUGAUUGGUCAGGCCAGGCGAUGGGGGCGGGGCAGAAGGAGGAACAACUCACCAGAGUUUUCAGACGAUCUUCAGGGAAACAACUACGAGGCUCUCCUGGACUUCGAGGAGCGUCAGGGCGCCGUCGUGUCCAAGAAGAUGUCCCGCAGGGAAAUCCAGAGGUUUCCCACCAAAACCUUCCGCUCUGCGACCAGCGGGAACCCGCAGUGUCAGAUCUGUUUCUGUGACUACGCUGACGGAGAGAAGCUGAGGAUGCUGCCCUGUUUCCAUGACUACCACAUGGGGUGCAUCGACCGGUGGCUGAAGGACAACAACACCUGUCCCAUCUGCAGAGUUAAACUGUCAGACGAGGGCUUGCUGACCCCCACGUCCCUCUGACAGCACGACUCAGCGUUUUACAGCACGACUCAGCCUUUUACAGCACGACUCAGCGUUUUAAAGAUCGACUCAGCGUUUUAAAGAUCGACUCGGCGUUUUACAACAUGACUCGGCAUUUUACAACAUGACUCGGUGUCUCUGUUAUUAAUGUUUUUAUUCUUUCGGCACUGAUGGACUCAUGGUGCCGCUUCUUCAGGGCCCGGUUCUACCUCAGGUGUUACUGUUCCUCAGGACCCGGUCUGCCCCGGGUUCUGGGCCGACCCGCAGCUCUGACGCCACCUUUGGUCCAGUCCGAGGGAGAACCUCCUGCUGCUCUCUGAUUGGUGGAUCAGAACUUGUUCUUCAGGUCCAGUCAGGUUCUUUUUAUGUUCAUCUGAAUUUGUUCAGAUUAUUCCUUUAAAAACAACAAAGCUUUGAUAAAAUCGACUUGUUUUUCCACAAACUGUUAAAUUUGAAUAAAAAGAGUUUAAAACUUUU